AUUGUGGAUAUGUCGGCUCCUCACGACGAUUGUGUGAAUCCCAGCCUCAAUUCCUUGAUCGACAAGGACAAGUAUUCCUUGUCAUAUGUGACAGUGGAUGAUGCCAUCAAUGUCAUCAAACAACUUGGGCCAGGAUCUGUUAUGUGUAAAACUGACAUCACAGAUGCUUUUAAACUUAUACCCAUCCACCCUGACCUGUGGCAUCUUCACGGUAUUAAAUGGCGCCAACAGUUUUACUACUUCACUAGACUAGUGUUUGGAUGUAGGUCCAGUCCAAAAAUAUUUGAUCAGUUGUCCAUAGCCAUAUGCUGGAUAGCCCAAAACUGUUACCAGAUACCACUCAUUCUUCAUCUGUUGGAUGACUUCAUAUGUUUCGCCAAAGACCAUUCUCUUGGACAGACUAUUAUGAACAAUAUGCUCACUAUGUUUCAUGACUUGGACAUUCCCUUAUCUAAAGCUAAGACAGCUGGUCCUUCGGAAUGCCUAGAAUAUCUUGGCAUCACCCUGGAUUCUUCUCGGAUGGAGGCCCGCCUGCCUACGGAGAAAGUGCAGAGAAUUGUCACCUUGAUCGACCAUAUAAGCAAGAAAACCCAUGUGACUAAGAGGGAUCUCUUAGUGAUUCUGGGACACAUGAACUUUGCCAUGCGCAUCAUUAGACCAGGCAGAAGUUUUAUUGGAUACCUAUUAGGGGUAGCUCACUCGGUUUCCAACCUACGGGACAUUGUGCAUCUCUCAGCUGACUGCCUGCUGGAUUUCCAAAUGUGGCGCUACUUUCUUCAAAAUUGGAAUGGUGUCUCCAUGUUUAUUACAGACACUAUCAACUCACCUGAUUUUCAGUUGUACACAGACGCGGCAGCAUCUCUUGGAUAUGGGGGUUUCUUCCAAGGCAGAUGGUUUUCAUCCACCUGGUCCACAGAACUGUUUAGUUUGGCAGGAGUAAACUUGUCAAUAGCACUCUUGGAGUUAUUUCCCAUUGUGACAGCUGCCCAUUUAUGGGGACCCUUGUGGUCAAAUAAGUGUGUGUGUUUCUACUGUGACAACCAGGCCACUGUUGCUAUCAUCAACAAAGGCAGAUCCCCUAUCCCUCUUAUCAUGCGUUUUAUGAGACAAUUAACCUUACAUGCUAUUCAAUGGAAUUAUGUGUUUUGUGCUAAACAUGUUCCUGGUGUGGAUAAUGCUAUAAGUGAUGCUCUCUCACGAUUGCAGAUAGCCAGAUUUCGUCACCUAGCACCAGAUGCAGAGUGUCACCCAACCCCGUGUCCUCAGCUGACAGACCUGAUGUACCCGUAACCCAUGGAGGAAAUAUCGAGGCAGACAUCGAACUUUUGUGGUCAUCAGCUGUGUCUACCAGAACAUAUCAGGUCUACCAAUCAGGAGUUAAUGCAUUUCUCACCUUCAUGACUAUGCAGGGGUUCGUGUGGACUACUACUUUACCUCCUAUCUCGGAAGACAUUCUAAUUAGAUUUGUGGCUCACUGUUACCGUAGAAUGUUGCUACGAUAUUCUACCAUUAAAUCAUACCUGUGUGGCAUUCGGUUUAGGUAUUUACAAGUAGGUUUACCUAACCCUUGGACAUCCGGUUCUUUAAUUCGGUUGCAAACUAUUGUGCAGGGGGUAAAAAGACAUCAAGGGCUGUCCACAUCACCCCGCUUGCCAAUAACAACUCCUAUCUUAGCUAAGAUUGUUAUGGCUCUAAAUCAUGGUGUUUUUGAUCCCUACACCUGUGGACUAUUGAAAGCAGUGUGUUGUCUGGCGUUCUUCGGCUUUCUCCGUUGCGGAGAAUUUGCUUGUGACACUGACAACUUUAAUCCAGUUUACAAUCUUACCCUUAGAGCUGUGCAAUUCUCCAAGAUCUCGGCUUCAUUCACCUUGCUGUUGGCAGCGUCAAAGACAGAUCCAUUCCGGAAAGGAGUAACCAUCACCUAUACAGCCACGGGCAAUUGUGUAUGCCCUGUAGCUAGUAUGCAAGCCUACCUCGUUCAACGCCAUCGCUAUGCCGUGCAUAGUGCUGAUCCUUUAUUUGUUACGGUAGAUGGCAAGGUAUUAUGCAGGACAUAUUUCAUCGUGCAACUGAAGAAACUAUUAAGACUGUGUGGUUAUAAUGACAAUGCCUACAAUGGUCAUUCCUUUCGAAUAGGAGCCGCUACAUCAGCAGCCAGUGCUAAAGUACCAGAUCACCUCAUACAAGUCCUUGGUCGGUGGUCAUCUUCUUGUUACACCAGAUAUAUACGUACACCUCAAGAUGUUUUGUGGCGGGCUCAAAAAGAUAUGGCUUAUCUUUGUUAACAUUGGCCAUAAUACCCUUCUCCACAUCGCCCAGUGUAUAUAUUCAUGUUAAAUUCAUCUGUAAACCUUUUCUUCAAGUGUAAUGUAUUAUCAUGAUUAUUUAGCAUAUUUCUUGACUCCAAUACACAUGUUAGUUCACUACAUAUUCUUAUGUUUGUUGUUUGUUCUCUUGGAUACAGGUUAGAAAUAGUUACCACCUUGGUUAUAGGGCAUACAUUUGUUACAUCCUUGUACGACUAUGACCAGUUUACUUCUGUGUAGUUAGUUUUUGGGGGAUUCUCAUUUAAAAAAUUAAUCAUAGGCAUAUUUCUUAAUUCUUUCAUGUUCAUUUGGCAGAGUAUCCGCCGGUAGUUGCGGAUAUUCAUGGCCCCAAAAUGUUAGUAUUCUCACCACUAGGCCUGGUCAUCUCAGCACUUGACACUGCAGGGCGUUUCCCCUCAGGAUGGGGUCAAGUGGUUUGCUGUAUUACAUAAGUAAUGGGAAUCCCCCAGCCCAAAAUAAAUAAAUCAUUAUUAUUUGUAUGUUGCUGUUCUGUUGUGUGUCAGUAUAAAUUAGUACUCAGGAAUUUGAGUUGAGUUUAUGGUGACACACAACAUUUGCUAUGACAUGUAUGAGUACGUACCUUAGGAUGGCAUGUGUCUUUUAUACACUGCAUCUAGUCUUUAUUUAUUGUUAAGUAUGUUUCUUACAGUUACAGAGUCACGUAAUUAGACUAUAGUAGUUAUUUUUAGAAUGUAAGGGCAGUAACUCGCACUGCACACCUCAUCUGCGCAUUGUGAUGCGCAGGUUCCUUAGUGGUUUUCGUGCACAAUCGCCAUUGUUUCUGUUGACACCCACCUCCAUCCCCUGCUCCACCAGUUCUGUGGUAAUCAGAUCUUGUCUACUUAGUAUAACAACUAUUAAACAUGCAUGUAUAAGGCUUUAUACUGGGGAUUCCCAUUCUUGUGUUAAUAUAUUAUCAGAGUUAAUAAUAUAUCUCAUCAAUUACUUAAAUACUCUGUCCAUGUGCUUAUAUCCAUUAACAUUCACCCAUGUAACUUCUUAUUCUUAUUUAAUAUUUGUCAUGCUAACCUCUUUUGCCCAGCGCUUGGGUACUAUAAUACACUGUCAAGGAGUUUCCCUCCAUAGUUAUGUAUUUUCAAAUCACCAUGUAAUGCAUUUUCCCUUCGCAGCUGUUAUAGGUAAUCUACUGUCGAGGCGUUUCCCUCCAGUUUUAUCUGUAAUCCACUGUUGAAGGCGUUUUCCCUUUGCAGCUAUAAUCUGUAAUCUACUGUUGAAGGCGUUUCCCUUCACAGCCAUAAUCUAUAAUCCACUGUCGAAGGCGUUUCCCUUCGCAGCUAUGUUAUCGUUAAUCCACGGUUGAAGGCGUUUCCCUUCUCAGCUUUAUCUGUAAUCCACCGUUGAAGGCGUUUCCCUUCACAGCCUUAUCUGUAAUUCACUGUGGCAGGCGUUUCCCUUCACAGCUUUAUCUGUAAUCCACUGUUGUAAGCGUUUCCCUUCGCAGCUAUUUUAUCUGUAAUCCACUGUUGAAGGCGUUUCCCUUCACAGCUUUAUCUGUAAUCCACUGUUGUAAGCGUUUCCCUUCGCAGCUAUUUUAUCUGUAAUUCACUGUUGAAGGCGUUUCCCUUCACAGCUUUAUCUGUAAUCCACUGUUGUAAGCGUUUCCCUUCGCAGCUAUUUUAUCUGUAAUCCACUGUUGAAGGCGUUUCCCUUCUCAGCUACAUCUGUAAUCUACUGUUGAAGGCGUUUCCCUUCUCAGCUACAUCUGUAAUCUACUGUUGAAGGCGUUUCCCUUCUCAGCUACAUCUGUAAUCCACUGUUGAAGGCGUUUCCCUUCGAAGCUAUGUAAUCUGUAAUCACUGUUGAAGGCGUUUCCCUUUGCAGCUAUGUCAUUGUAAUCUAUUGUUGAAGGCGUUUCCCUUCCCAGCUAUAAUCUGUGGCAGAGUAUCCGCCGGUAGUUGCGGAUAUUCAUGGCCCCAAAAUGUUAGUAUUCUCACCACUAGGCCUGGUCAUCUCAGCACUUGACACUGCAGGGCGUUUCCCCUCAGGAUGGGGUCAAGUGGUUUGCUGUAUUACAUAAGUAAUGGGAAUCCCCCAGCCCAAAAUAAAUAAAUCAUUAUUAUUUGUA